AUGGCUCCGAAGAGACAGCCCUCUGCCUUCCGUUGUCCGCAGACUCGGGGUGCCGCCAGUGCUGCAGUUUCUGCAGAUACCGAACCGCUGUAUUCAGUGGUGUUUCAAGAAGUGUGUGCUCGCUAUGAGAAGGAUUUCACCUGGGAUGUGAAGGCCCUCGUUAUGGGCAAGAAGGCAUUCGAGGUGGCCCAGAUCGUCAUCGAUGUCCUGCAGCUCCCCAUAUCCACGGAGGAGCUGGUGGAAGAGACCCAGGCGAAGUUAACUGCAUUGUUCCCCACGGCCGGUCUGAUGCCAGGGGCCGAGAAGCUGAUCCACCACCUGCGGAAGCACAGCGUGCCCUUCGCACUCGCCACCAGCUCGGGGUCUGUGCCAUUCGAGCUGAAGACCAGCAGGCACAAGGAGUUCUUUGGCCUGUUCGACCACGCCGUCUUGGGCGAUGACCCCGACGUGAAGAAGGGGAAGCCAGAGCCAGACAUAUUUCUCACCUGUGCCAAGAGGUUUUCUCCUCCUCCUCCCUUAGAGAAGUGCCUUGUCUUUGAAGAUGCUCCCAACGGGGUGGAGGCCGCCCUCGCAGCCGGGAUGCAGGUGGUCAUGGUUCCGGAUAGAAACUUGCACCGAGACCUGACGACCAAGGCCACCCUCGUGCUGGAUUCCCUGCAGGACUUCCAGCCCGAGCUCUUUGGCUUGCCACCCUACGAAUGAGGGGUCCUCGAUGCCUCUCGGGGCACCACGCCCCCCCCCCGCGCUCACUGGGGUGACCCACCCUGCACAGAAAUCACAACUCCCACAUCUCCACGUAAACGGUCAUUCCAGCCUGUGACGUCAGCCUUCUCAUCCCCAGUGGGCCUGGCCCGCUCUCUAAAGUGGGGAAAAUCUGUACCUUGACAGUUGAGAAAUCAAAGCAGAGACAGCCCAGAACAGAG